AAACACCAACAACACCACUCCUUCUUCUUCUUGAGAGCGAUUUUGUGGAAAACUUCAACAUCCUAUCUCAAACCAUUCUUAAUCAAGAUAAAUAUGGAAGAAAAUGUUGGGAGAGGUAGACAUGGCAAGCCAAGCAAUGCAAAUGCUUCCGCUCGUAGAGAGCUUGCUGCAAAUCGCCCUGCCAAACGAGGUCGUAGUAAGCAGCAAGGACCAAUUCCGGCGCGAGGGACACAUGAUGCUGAGGCGGGUGGUUCGCGUACGCGUACACGGUCACGUUUAGGCCAAGCACAAAAUGCUGCUGAGGAUGAUGAUUUUGACGCGGAUCAAUUUCUAAAUCAGGAUGCCGAGUAUGGCGAACCUGAAGAACCGCAACCUGAUGAACCGCAAAUUGAAGAACCGCAACAACCACCACGACGGAGACCGCAACAGCGACCACGGCAACCACGACGAGAUGCAGCAAAUGAGGGUUAUGGAGGAGGACCAAGUGAUAUGUCAUUAUUAACACAAUACGGAAAUCAUAGGGCGGUUCCGAUAUGGGAUGCAGAACCAGAUGAUCACGAGGUUUUAAAGAGGACUCUGCGUUGCCAAGCUAGCGGGAAAAAGGUUAUGGACAUCGUCAAACCGCCUCGUAGUGAGAGGUGGUUUUGGGAUCCAAUAGAAGCAUCGGGAUUGGAGCCGCUUACCCGUGUCAAUUUUAGCGUACUUGACUAUGGGGUUAUAUGGGCAUUUGUUGAAAGAUGGCAUCCGGAAACAAGUACUUUCCACCUUCCGUUAGGUGAGCUCGGCAUCACAUUGGACGAUGUACAAUGUCUGUUACAUCUUCCAAUCCAAGGAAAAUUUUUGAACCAUACGAAGAUGUCAAGGGGAGAAGGGGCUGACAUGGUUACAUAUACUACCCUGCAAACUCUAUACACAACAAACCAGACGUCUGCUGAAAGAGCGAUUGCUGAAAAUAAGCCGGCGCAUGUUGUUAGGCUUUACAGGGAGAGGAGCGUAAGAGCUUUUAUGCUACAUUUGGUUUGUUGUACCAUAUUCAGCAACAAGAGCAGUUACUACGCGGAUGUUGUGUAUUUGCAGUACUUUCAAGAUUUGUCAUGCGUUCAUGAAUGGAAUUGGGGUGCUGCUGCUCUUGUUCAUCUGCAGCAUUAUUUGGAUCACGGGUCUGCGGUUAGCACGACUCAGAUGGCUGGCUACAUGUCAUUUCUUCAGGGAUGGAUUAUUGCGCACUUUCCGAGACUUAGUGUGUGGGUGGAGGCUCCUAGAUAUACAGCGAACAUGCCACUAAAUUCAAAGGUUGUUCCUAGGCAAGGACAUAAGGAUGCAGCUGGAUAUAGAAGCAGUUUGGACAAUAUUCAAACUUACGAUUGCGUGUUCAGCCCGUAUGAUGCCCACCGACAAGUGCGACCUUUGAUAAAUGCAUGUUGGUUUUCUGGAUGGUUAAGGUGUGGUAAAUUGAAAGCCAAGCAUUUGCCGGAACGUGUGCUAAGACAAUUUCAACAUGUGCAAGGCAUUCCAAGAAAUCCGAGUAUGUCUGCAACGCCGGGGAUGAACUUGUGUGAGAUAGAUCGUGUGUUUACGAAAGAAUUGGAGCUGAGGAUGAUAGAUGAAGAGAUGAGGGGUCGGCCUGUUACAAGCCCGUGGGACACUGAACCCGGAUAUAUGUCAUGGUUUUAUAGAGUGUCGCAUCCAGUUAUGCGACCCGUAGAAGCUCCUGAAUCACCACCAAGGCCACCUAAUUUAGAGGUGUUAAUAGAGGCGGCGGAAGCAAGAAAUGACCCUAAUCUAAUGCAAGUUUGCCGGAGUGUCAAGGUUGAGGUCGAAAGGGCAGUUCGCGAUGGUGAGGCGGUUGAAGGAACUCCAAUUCAUGGUACUUUGCAGCGGAUUCUGAAUUUGCUUAAUCCGAUACUUGCUUAUAGGCGAAUUAAGCGGGGGAAGGGGACACGCUACCACACUCGGGGGUAGACUUUGUUUGUUUUUGUAACUUUAAUGUUGACGUGGUUGUUUAUAAACUCUGAUGUUUGUUUUUA